CUGCGUGGUAUGGCGAGCGUCGGCGGCGUUGGUGGCCUAGCCGGUACUACGUCCGGCGGUCUGGCCGGGAGUGUAUCGUCUGGUGCCCGUGUCGCCACAUCGUUUGGUGCUCCCUUUGCUGCUUCCCCCGCUCGUCCACUCAUAUCGGUGUCUGGUGGACCUGGCGCCCCCGGAGGUGCAUCGGCUAACAGCAACUUCUCCUCUGUACCCGCCGCUCCUGCGUCCAAUGCUGCGUCAUCUGGUCUCGCGCCUGUGCAUGCUGUAGGACUUAGUACUGCUCAGGCAGCAGGACCUGGUACCUCACUGCCCACCUCAAGCCUCGGCUUCUCCCCUGCGCCUCCAUCUCCCGUCGCGCACAUCAUUUCUCAUGGUGCGACUCAGGACGUGCGGGCCCAUCCCGCCUGCGGUACUAUGCUCGCGAAAAUGCUCGACGUGAGACCCGUCAUGCAUUCGCAAUCUGUGAUGCAGGUGGUCCUGCCCCCUAAAUGGAGGAACGUGCCUGCGGCAUGGCUAGAUCGCUUCAGCUCCAUGGUGUGGAAGGAUCUGCUGGCCUACUUAUAUCACAUGCACUGUGGUAUAAAGGACUACGCGAAUGAAUCACAGCAGCUCAAGAUCAGGUUCGCCAAUGCCUUGCGGAUGACGAAAGAGGACUACAAGCAAAAGCUCGCGCAGGCGCAGUCAAGCUUUCAAGCGACGACCGACGACGCAAAGUCGAAGGCAGCGGCGGCGCAGGUGGACCUAGUCACGGCGCAGGAGAGGGCCAGGGUAGCGGAGGGGAGGGCGAAGACGGCGGAGGCGAAGCUCGCAGACACCGCCUCCAAGCUCGGCGACGCCACCUCCAGGCUGGCGGACACGACCGCGAAGCUUGAUGUCGCCAACUCGAAGCUCGCGGAGGUCGACUUGGAGCUCACCAGAUCGCAGUCCGACGCGAAGAGGAUGCUCGCGCAGGUGCGCUCGGACGCUGAGAAAAGGGUGGCCGAUGCGCGCGCGGACGCGAAGGAGAAGGUAGCGCAGGCGGAGGCGGAGGCAGCUGAGGCCGAGGCGCAGAUCGUGCAAGUGCACGCCGCCACGGAAGCGCGCCUUGAGGCGACUGAUGCGGCUGCGCGCGCGGCGGAGGGGAGGGCGGCGGAUGCGGCGAAGUGGGCCGAGGGCGCGGAAAGCCGGGCGACGACCGCGGAGAGCAGGGCGGCGAGUGCAGAGGAGAAGCUUGUGGUCGUAGAGGCGAGGCUCGCAGAGGCGAGGCUCGCGAAUGCGGAGGGUGCAUCGGACCAGGUGCUGGAUCUCAUGGACGAAGUGGAGAAGUACAGGGCGGAUGCGCGGAAACUGGAGGAGAAGCUGGGGGAGCGGGAGCAGUGGGUGAAGGGGCUAGAGGAGCAAUUGAAGGCGCUCAAGGAGCAAGUAAAGGAGCUCGAAGACCAGGACGCUACGCUACCGCCGCGUGCGAGGAAGCGGGUCAGGAUGUUGUGGACGUCUUAAAGUGGAGUCUAUAGAGCGGAAGUAUACGUCAAGAUCGUUCAUACGCAUGUUAGGAUUGUACGAUGUGUAUCAACGC